UUACUCCCCCCCAGCCUUGUCAGGACUUCCUUCACCUACCACCCACUCCACCUAGUUCUUCUUCCUUCUUCCUGCUCUCUCUGUCCAUCUCUCCCUUUGCAUGCAUCAUUACCAGUAGCUAAGCACCUAAAAAAAUGAUUCUAAAUCUUCUUCCAGUAGCCUUCUCAACCCAAAAUGCCAGAUCUUGCAAAAUCUUGAUGGCCUCCACCUCCACCGUCCACUCCACUACUGCUACAAGUGAGGAGGUGAAUGUAGAGAGGUCCUACCGCCCUGCCAAAGAGGUUCAUUUUCAAAUCACUCACUCCAUGCCACCACAAAAGAUAGAGAUUUUCAAAUCCUUGGAGGGUUGGGCUGAGAAGAACUUGUUGACACUUCUAAAGCCUGUUGAGAAGUCUUGGCAGCCACAGGAUUUUCUGCCAGAACCUGACUCUGAAGGGUUCUAUGAUCAGAUUAAGGAGCUGAGGGAAAGAACAAAGGAACUUUCUGAUGACUAUUUUGUGGUGUUGGUAGGGGAUAUGAUCACAGAAGAAGCAGUCCCAACAUACCAAUCGGCGCUUAACUCCCUGGAUGGAAUUCAGGAUGAGACUAGUGUGUCUCUCACUCCUUGGGCAAUUUGGACUCGGGCUUGGACUGCUGAAGAGAAUAGACAUGGAGAUCUUCUCAACAAAUACCUUUACCUCUCUGGACGUGUAGACAUGAGAAAAAUUGAGAAGACAAUUCAAUUUCUCAUUGGCUGUGGAAUGGAUUCUAAAUUUGAGAACAACCCCUACUUUGGAUUCAUUUACACUUCGUUCCAGGAGAGAGCUACAUUUAUCUCCCAUGGAAAUACAGCAAAACUAGCUAAAGAGCAGGGAGACAUUAAACUGGCACAGAUAUGCGGAACCAUUGCAGCAGACGAGAAACGCCAUGAAACUGCAUAUGUUAAGAUUGUAGAAAAGCUAUUUGAGAUUGAUCCAGACACUACUGUCUUGGCAUUCGCUAACAUGAUGAGGAAAAAAAUUUCAAUGCCUGCAGAGUUGAUCUACGAUGGUGAGGAUUGUAACCUUUUCAAUCACUACUCAGCGGCUGCCCAGCGUCUUGGUGUCUACACCGCUAAAGACUAUGCUGAUAUUUUGGAAUUUCUUGUGGGGAGAUGGAAAGUAGACAAGUUGACCGGUCUUUCUGGGGAGGGACGUAGAGCUCAAGAUUUUGUAUGUGGGUUAGCUCCAAGGGUUAGAAAGUAUGAGGAGAGAGCUCGAGAAAAGGCCAAGAAAGCACCCGCCAUUCCAUUUAGCUGGAUUUUUGGCAGAGAAGUACAACUCUAGGUAUCUCAAUCUUCCAGUUGAGCUGGAACUCGCACUAUUGAACAUCUCAUAAGCUCAUAGGCUCAUUGCCCUUGUUAUAUAUGCAUGUAAAAUUCUACUUGUUUCUAUCAAUAAAGAUUUUAAAUAUGCAUUUUCACCCUA